AUGUCUUUGUUUGAGAUGAUGCUGCAACGCCCAGCGUUUGCACAUAUCACCACAUCAAUACCAACACUUGACUCUAUGAUCCCGGUCGACUCAUUGAGCUCGGGAAUAUUCGACUUGCAAAGCGUCCCCAGCUUAAAUGCUGUUUAUUCGAUACUUUGUUCUAUAAUUGUAUCGCAUAUAUCGCAUGAUCCUUUGACGAAUAAGGUUAUAAUAAUAGAUACGUUGAAUACUUUCCCCUGGAAGCUUUUGAGCAAGCAAUCUAAAUACGAGUCUUCGUAUCAAGGUCAAAUCAUAUGGCAUAGAAUCAAUCGAUUUAGUAAUCUUCUUCAGUUUUUCAUAGCAGAAAAUGGUAUCCAGUCUGAAGUGGCUAAAGGGUCGACUCUAAUCAUCAUCAAUGAUUUCCACGAUUUGUUGGAAUUGUACCGACUCGAAACCUGGUCCUGUUAUAAAGAGAAACUACUCAAAUCUCAUAUAACACGAAAUAGCUCUGCUUUGAAUAAUCGGGAAAGGUUAGCGGAAGAUGCUCAAUUCAAGAUUUCAGAUCCAAUUCCGUCUAACUCAGAUUUGCUAAAUAUACAUCCAUCAACUAAAAGUGAUGCACAUAUAUAUCAAAUGUUUGACUCAAUCUCUAAAUUUUCUGUUCAUUCAGAUCUGCUUGUAUUUUUGGUUGGAGCCUUGGCUACCAAAUUCAAGAAGUACACUCUGCUCAAGACAAAUUCACACCCACCGUCAUCCACCACCAACUCUCAACUAACGUCAUCGUCUGCUUAUGAGAAUUAUGGUGGAAGAAUGUAUUUUCUACCGUCUCAGACUAGUGCAACUUUCCAAACUAAGAAUGGAUCAAACACGGUUGAAUCUCUCUUAACUUCCCGCCUUAUUUUUUAUAAAGAUUGGUUUAGUGAAUCAAGAACUAAAUUUCAUGAUUCUCAGCUCAAAAUGGUUUUUGCAACACAGGUGACGAACUUUCGUGUCAUAGGAAUUAACGAACCGGUUUACUUUGAUUAUAACGACAAAUCGGGUGACUCCAUCUUCACCGAUUUGUCCAACCAUUCUCAGACUUCCUCCCAUAGACCGUUAUUAUCUACCACCCAGUCUAGACCAACACCUAGGGCUAACAGCAUGACCAGAGGCGACACCGUGGCUGACCUGAAGCAAGCAGACUCCCACUUCCCCGAGCAUAUUACAUCAACCCCAAAUUUCAGACCCCGGCAGCUUCCUUCGUCUCCAAACAUGACAUCCAGCCAAAGAAAAGAAUUCUUCUCGAGUGACUGCGACCAAGAAACAACUGUUGGCGAAGCGAGAAAUGGCACUGGUGAAGCGGAUCACUCCUCCGACGACCUGGUCAUUGAAGCCUCCGAUAACGAGUCAGAUCAGUCCAUACUUCUUCUCCGUUAG